ACAAGUUCAUGCCGGUAAGGUAAACAAGCGAGAUCCGCGCGCGAAGCGUACAAACUUUUCUCGGACCAAGCAAACUCAGUUUCAAAGUCUUUUUUACGAUGAUUCCUUCGCGUUUUUCCACCCCGUUUUCUUAGAAAAGUGAAAAAAUUGUUCAAGUGCUUGAGGGUUCGCGCGCGCGUGAGCUCGUAACCUCGAUUGAAAAUGCAGAAGAAUCGGACGAUGCAAAUAGUUAAGGUGAAAAACUACACGCCGUCCUUCAACGAGAUAUGGAAAAGAUACGCGGAUAUAACGAAAAACAUAGCGUUCUCCAUCGCGAUCGAUCUUAUCCCAAUUUCAUCGCCGGAGAUGAAAGAUCUGAAAGACGUUCUCAAAGUACUCGAGCCUUUUUAUCAAUUUCCCAGUGAGAAGCAACUGCUGGAAGUCAUUAUUCCCCAGUUGUACGAUCAAGUGAAGAAGAAGAUGACCCUGGCCAUAAAAGAGGAUCUUUCUAAAGGUGUAAAUAGAAUAGCUUUAACAAUAGAUGGAUGGACGUGUAGAAGCAUUGCUGAUCACAUGACAGUCGCAGUGCAUUAUUGGACUGAAGAUUUUGUGCCGAGACAUUAUUUAUUACAGCUUGAAAGUCUGCCUAAGAAAUGGAACACGGCACAGGAUUUGUUUCAUUUGGUACAAAACGUUUUACUGAAAUAUGGCUUUUCCAAAGAAAAGACCACCAUUCACAUUGUCACUGCUAAUGGGCAAAAUAUAGUUAAGGCCAUUUCGUUGAACGACAGGUGGAUUAGAAUACCAUGUUUUGCACGUCUACUGCAAUUGACUGUGGACGACGUGUUGAAAAACUUCAAUAACUUUAAUAGCCUUGUAGCUAAAUGUCAACAGUUGGUUGCUGCCUUGUGGUCAAAAGCAUCAAUAGAAUCAGAAGCAAAUAAAUCUGAAGUCCACUCGUCCAGUAUUUUAGAUGAUAUUGUACCCUCAUGGAAUUCAGUCUUUGAAAUGUUUGACAACUUACUGAAACUGCGUACCACACUCUAUGCUUUUUUAAAAGAGCUGUCUUCACCACCUGAAAUGUUGACUGAAUCUGAUUGGGAGACAAUAUCAUGUUAUGUACAAGUCUUUUCACUGCUGAAACAAGCUAGUAAACUAAUGAGUGAAGAAGUUUAUCCUCCUCUCUCUUUGUAUCUUCCAACUAUACGUGGCAUUUUAGAAUUAAUGGAAUCCAUGAAUCUCAACAAUCAAUUGUCCAUGCAGCUCAUUAGGUCAAUAUGCUCCAGAUUUGGUCAUAUCAAUACCAACGAAUCAAUGAUCAUUGCAAUGGUUGUAGAUCCUAGAUUCAAAACUCGUCUCCUAUCUGAUGAUGAGAAGUUUACUGUAUUUGACAUAGUUAAGAGUAAAAUGCUUUCUAUAAAUAGUAAUACAACAGUCAUUUCAGAGACAGAUAAGAUUAAGAACCCUUCAGAUACACCUCUAGAGCUGUACUUUAUGAAUAUCAAAAAACAAGAGAACCCAACAAGUAAUACAUGUGAGAAAAUAGCUGAAGCAGAGUUAACAUAUUACUUGUAUAAAAAUGUAGUUUCAAUGGAUACAGCUAUACAUGAAUGGUGGAAAGAUAAUAGUAAACGUUUUCCUAAGUUAUGUGAAUUAGCCAAAAUAUAUCUAUCAAUACCAGCUGUACAAGUGAGCACUGAACGUGCUUUUCCUAAUAAACAAGGAUUUAAUAUUGACACUAGAGCUGAAAUAUUAACAAAUCAAACAAAUGUUCUAGAUCUAAUGAGGAUUAGUUUUUUACACAGUAAUUUAGGUAAAUUUGAAACUGACAUAAGUUUGUGAGCUGAUACACAGACACAGUACUUGUGUUGCCAUGGGAACAGUAUAUGAAUGGGAAUGUAAACAAGUUUCACUUCAAGAACUCAAUUCAUGUUACUCGGGGUUACAGUGAUCUACUUUAAAAGGAAAUUAUAAUAAAGAUUAUUAAUGAAACAGUUUA